UUGAUAACAAAUCCUUUUUCAGGGUGCUGUGGAAAUCGAGGUAACUAUGUUACCCGUCGGAAAUAUUGAUUACCUGGCCACGUAGUUCAAGGAACAUGGUUCGUGGCGCCAGUGAGUGAGACGCAAAGUUCUAGGGGAUCUGAAUCCGCGUGUCGUUAUUGGCUCUGAAAUUGCUGGUUCCAAGUUUAGUUCCAGUCGUUCCAGUCGCAAAGUUCUAGCGCGGACAACGACAUAGGUAUUCGCCUUGACGAGAACGUCUGUUGAGAAUGCGCUUGUGGUGCCAGUUGAAGCUCGUCUUCCCGCCAAAUUUCCGUCACGCUUGUUUACAGCCUCAGCUUCGAUUUAUCCGUACUUUUACUAAGUACAUAGCGUGUCUUAUAAUUUAUUGAAAACAAAAAAUGGAUGCUGCGCCUCUACAAGCUGUUCGAGCACGUGUACGAGAUGAGGUCGGGGUCAAGUGUCAAAAGUUGUUUCAGGAUUUCCUGGAGAGAUUUAAGGAAUUCGAGGUUGUUAAGUAUCUGGAACCAGCCAAGGAACUUGCCAGUCCAGAACGCUGCACGCUGGAGGUGUUCUUUGACGAUACGGAAGCAUACAAUCAAAUGCUCGCCACUACCAUAAUCGAAGAAUACUACAGGGUAUAUCCGUUCUUGUGUCAAGCAGUGAGCAACUUCGUUAAAGACGUGGGAAAUUUGUCAAAGGAUAAAGAGUGCUACGUCAGCUUUACCGAGGUACCUAUCAGGCAUAAACUGCGAGAACUGAAUACGUCGCUGUUGGGCACUCUGACUCGUAUAUCUGGACAAGUAGUGCGGACGCAUCCUGUUCAUCCGGAACUGGUCCUUGGCACGUUUAUUUGUAUGGACUGUAACGCAUAUAUCAAAAAUGUGGAACAGCAGUUUAAGUUUACGAAUCCCACGAUCUGUUCCAAUCCGGUGUGCAGCAACAGACGCCGCUUCCUGUUGGACGUGGAUAAUUCGGUGUUUGUCGACUUCCAAAAGGUGAGAAUUCAAGAGACGCAAGCUGAGCUCCCUCGAGGCUCUAUCCCUCGCUCUGUCGAAAUCAUUCUGAGAUCUGAGAUAGUGGAGAUGGUACAAGCCGGCGACAGAUACGACUUCACGGGAACUCUUAUAGUAGUGCCGGACGUAGGGGCGUUAACUUUACCGAGUGCAAAGACAGAGAUGGGGCCGAAAAAUAGAAACAAUGAUCAGAGGGAAGGUGUAUCCGGCCUCAAGGCACUCGGUGUCAGGGAACUGACGUAUAAAAUGGCAUUUCUUGCCUGCAGCGUCACCAAUACGAGCGCAAGGUUCGGAGGAACGGAUGCAAUGGAGGAAAUUUCGCAAGAAGCGAUGAAGAAACGAAUGACGGAAGCGGAAUGGAAUCGCAUCUACGAGAUGAGUCGGGACAAAAAUCUGUACACGAAUAUAGUUUCCAGUUUGUUUCCCGCUAUACACGGCAACGAUGAGAUUAAGAAGGGGAUCACGUUGAUGUACUUCGGCGGUGUGGCUAAAACUACGGAGGAGGGCACGUCGCUGAGAGGAGACGUCAACGUCUGCAUCGUCGGUGAUCCCAGCACCGCGAAGUCGCAGUUUCUCAAAUGCGUAGCCGAUCUGUCGCCCAGAGCAGUUUACACGUCCGGAAAGGCAUCGACCGCGGCUGGUUUGACGGCUGCGGUUGUACGAGACGAAGAAUCCUCGGACUUCGUCAUAGAGGCGGGAGCGUUGAUGCUCGCCGAUCACGGCAUCUGCUGCAUCGAUGAAUUCGACAAGAUGGAUCCGAAGGAUCAGGUUGCGAUUCACGAAGCUAUGGAACAGCAGACCAUUUCGAUAACUAAGGCCGGCGUAAGAGCGACCUUAAAUGCUCGAACUUCUAUACUGGCGGCGGCGAAUCCCAUCGGUGGACGAUACGACAGAAGGAAAUCAUUGCAGCAAAAUGUGCAGUUAACCGCGCCUAUUAUGUCGAGAUUUGAUUUGUUCUUUGUAGUGUUGGACGAAUGUAACGAGAUCGUCGAUAACGCGAUUGCCAAGAGAAUCAUAGAUUUACAUUGCGACAACUUGAACGAUCUUCAGGUGAUAUACCAACAAGAUGAGAUCAUUAGAUAUAUCAAUUUUGCUAAGCAGUUUAAACCCAUUUUAAGUCAGGAAGCUGCUGAGCUUUUAGUUGAAAAUUACACGGUUCUCAGACAAAGAACAGGUAGUGGAAGCGGCAAGUGGAGGGUCACCGUGAGGCAAUUAGAAAGCAUGAUUAGAUUGUCCGAAGCAUUAGCGAAAAUAGAAUGCAUGGACGAGGUGACGGUGAAGCACGUCAAAGAGGCGAAACGAUUGUUGCAGAAGAGUAUAAUUACAGUAGAACAGCCUGACGUCGACCUCGAAGAAGGCAUGAACGACGCAAACUUAGGAAUGGACAUCGAUGAGCCGCCACCGCUCAUGGCAGCAUUUAACGCUGAAGGCAACGACAAUGCACCACCUUCGACACCGCCUAACGAAACGUCGUGCGAACCGCCGAAGAAAAAAUUAACCCUGUCCUUUGAGGAGUAUAAGAAUCUGUCGAAUAUGUUAGUCCUUUAUAUGAGAAGCGAGGAAAAUCGUGUCGAGAGUGAAGACGACAAUAAGGGUGGUAUACGGAAAUCCGAAUUAAUUGCGUGGUACCUUGAUCAAAUACAAGAUCAAUUAGAUUCAGAAGUGGAGUUACUAGAGCGGAAAAACUUUAUUGAGAAGAUUAUUGAUAGAUUGACGUACCACGAUCAAAUUAUAAUACCUCUAACAACAACCAGCUUGAGAAGCAGAGACAAAGAAGACGAAGAAGAGGAGGAUCCCUUACUCGUUGUUCAUCCCAAUUAUGUCAUGGAUAUAUAAUUUUACGAAUCGAAGUGCCUUAAGACACAAAAGGAAGAAACAAUUGAUUAUUUUAUUUAAAAAAUUCGUAUUAAAAAAAUAUUCUUUUAUCCAAAUAUUAACGUCAUUUAAUCUUAGUAUUAAUGUCAUAUUUUUUUACCCGAAUUCUGUAAAUGUUAUAAACUUUAUGGAAUUCUUUUAACUACGGUGACGACGAUAUAAACGCAUUUUUUAUAGCAUC